GCAGGGAAGGCUUCCAUUCUAGAACCGAAGACUCAUCCCGGGGGCCUCUACUCGACCUAGGCCAAGUCCAAAUGGGACUCGGGAUCCUGGAGCGGGCGCUGGAGCGCACCGGGCCAACCCCAGCCCUGCGGCCGGCGCCCUCCCGCACCCCGCGGCGGCGGCAGAGUCGCGUCUGAGCGCGGACUCCCUCCGACUGCAGCCCUAGCACGUCACUUUGUUGAAGGCAAACACGUGGUUCGGAGAGAACUUAUAAAUCUCUCCUCCCGGCAAGAUCGUGAUGUUAUCUGCUGGCAGCAGAAGGCUCGCUCUGAGCGCAGCGGAGCCCCGGAGCUCCCGACCGGAGGAGACUAGCGCGGGCGCGGGGGCGCGGGCCGGGAUGCGGAGCGCGGGGAUAACGGUCUAGGAGCCGCUCUGGAGCCGGCCUCGGGGCCGCCCGCCCGGCCGCAGCGAGGCGCAGGAGGGCGCUGGGAGCCCUGCAGCGCGGCCAGUGCCCAGCGACCCUAGGCGAAGCAGCCAGGCGGGCCGAGCCGGGAGCGGGCGGGAUCGGGACGCCUCUGCACCCCUAGGCUCCAGCCCCGGCCAGCACGUCAGGGCUGCGGGGACAGCAACGGCGAGGCGGAUCGUCCCCAGCCGGGGCGGCGCGAACAGCGGAGGAGGCCGCGCGAGAGCGCGGCGGAACCGGGCCUGGAACCGGGACCGGAACCGGGACCGGGUCCCCGCAUAGGCCCCGCGGUGCGCAGCUCCCUGGGCGGACCGAGCGCGUUACCUUCCGCGGCGCGCACCCACACUCACGCACGCACACGCGCGCACACACACGCACACGUGUGCGCUCCUCGCUCGCCUAGCAGCCGGCGCGCUCCUCUGCAAACACUCGAACCCCAGCUCUGCGCAGCCCUGCCGCGCCCCGCCCGCCCCCGGCGGCGCCAGUCCCGGGCCUUUUCAUCUCCGCCGUGGAGGAGCGGAGUUCAGAUCCGCAGCGCGCCGGGAGGACCCUGAGCUGGCCGCCUCCUCCCAGAACCGCUCCUGCGGAGUAGCCACUCGCCCGCCUGUUCCCCGGUUUCGUCGCUCACAAAACUUUUUUUACUGCCUAAAGUCAGACUUCCCCCCACGCCUGUCGCAUAUUAAUAUUUUCACUUUUGGAACGACCUGCAUUUUUUUAAAUGAAAAUCAAGCAAGAUACUUUUUCUAUUGGGCACUGACUUUCGAUUGCUCGCCAAAGUUUCCUAUUAAAAAAAAAAAAAACCCAACAACUCUGCCUGAUCUGUACUUUUGAGAAUUGCUAGUUUGUUUUUAUUUUUUUCUCUUAAAAAAAAAAAAGAAAGAAAACUUUCUUUUUCCAUCUUUAAGAAAAAAAAUGCACUCCCGCGUGCUGAGCGCGUUGCUGACCCUGCAUCUGGUGCCGGCGGCGCUCGCCCUGUCUACCUGCAGCUCGCUCGACAUGGACCAGUUCAUGCGCAAGAGGAUCGAAGCAAUCCGCGGGCAGAUCCUCAGCAAGCUGAAGCUCACCAGCCCCCCGGAAGACUUCCCCGAGCCCGAGGAGGUGCCCCCGGAGGUGAUCUCCAUUUACAACAGCACGCGGGACCUGCUGCAGGAGAAGGCGAGCCGCCGGGCCGCCGCCUGCGAGCGCGAGCGCAGCGACGAGGAGUACUACGCCAAGGAGGUCUACAAGAUCGACAUGCCCUACUUCUCCGAAACUGCCUGCCCAGUUGUUACAACACCCUCUGGCUCAGUGGGCAGCUUGUGCGUCAGACAGUCCCAGGUGCUCUGUGGGUACCUUGAUGCCAUCCCGCCCCCUUUCUACAGACCCUACUUCAGAAUCGUCAAGUUUGACGUUUCGGCAAUGGAGAAGAAUGCUUCCAAUUUGGUGAAAGCGGAGUUCAGAGUCUUUCGUUUGCAGAAUCCCAAAGCCAGGGUACCCGAGCAACGGAUCGAGCUGUAUCAGAUCCUCAAAUCCAAAGACUUAACGUCUCCAAACCAGCGCUACAUUGACAGCAAAGUUGUGAAAACAAGAGCAGAAGGAGAAUGGCUGUCCUUCGAUGUGACAGAUGCUGUCCAUGAAUGGCUUCACCAUAAAGAUAGGAAUCUCGGAUUUAAGAUAAGUUUACACUGUCCCUGCUGCACCUUUGUGCCAUCUAAUAAUUACAUCAUACCCAAUAAAACUGAAGAGCUAGAAGCAAGAUUCGCAGGUAUUGAUGGCACCUCCACAUAUACCAGUGGUGAUCAGAAAACUAUAAAGUCCACUAGGAAAACAAACAGUGGGAAGACCCCACAUCUCCUGCUAAUGUUGUUGCCCUCCUACAGACUGGAGUCACCACCGUCCAACCGGCGGAAGAAGCGCGCUUUGGACGCGGCCUAUUGCUUUAGAAAUGUGCAGGAUAACUGCUGCCUGCGUCCACUUUACAUUGAUUUCAAGCGGGAUCUUGGGUGGAAAUGGAUUCAUGAACCCAAAGGGUACAAUGCCAACUUCUGUGCUGGGGCCUGCCCAUACCUGUGGAGCUCGGACACCCAGCACAGCAGGGUCCUCAGCUUGUACAACACUAUAAACCCGGAGGCCUCUGCGUCUCCGUGCUGCGUGUCCCAGGACUUGGAACCGCUCACCAUCCUGUACUACAUUGGCAAAACGCCCAAGAUCGAGCAGCUCUCCAACAUGAUUGUCAAGUCCUGCAAGUGCAGCUAAGGGUCCUGGGCGGGCAGCCAGGCGAGAAUCCCAAAACCACCACCACCACCACCACGACAACGAUGAUGCACGUAACGAGAAAACCUAGGCAAGCCUUGGCGCAGCAGUGUUAGCGUUUCCGGAAAAGCGGUACUAGUUCAGACCCUUGGGAAGUGUGUGUUCUGUGUGUGAAAAGUGGCAUCUGAAACAAAAAACAAACCAGGUAGAAGGCCUCAUUCUACAUUUCACCUCCUUUGUAAGAGAGAGACAAGAAGCAAGCCUUUUCUUUAAAGAAAAAAAUAAACACUGGAAGAAUUUGUUAGUGUUAAUUAUGUGAAAGAAAAAAAUGAGAACCAGGAGAAUCCCGGUCCUGCCUUCUGUCUGGCCGUGCGCUGGGCACCGAGGCCACCCCCUCCUGGGCUUCCCAGCCAGUUAUUUAUUGUGUGUUACUACAUAAGGAACGUUUCAUUGCCCUUGGAAAAUCGAACAGGUGUAUCAAGCGGAGACCAAAUCCUUUGCCAGGAACUCCAGGAUGGCUUAAGGAAACUUGAACUCAAACGAGCCAGAAAAAAAAGAAGUCAUUAAUGGGGAAAAAAAGGAAAGAAAAAAAGAAAACGUGAGUUAUUCUAUGACCCAGCAAGUCUGCUCUGAGACAAAGACCUGGAAGCACAUGCCACGUACCGACCCCCUGAGGAACACGUGAGCAGGGUUCAGACACUAAAAAGCCUGAUAAUAAAAGAAGUUUUCAGCCAGAAUAAGUCUGUAAGAUUUUUUUCCUUUGGAUUGUAUAUGGUUCUUUGUCAGUUUAGUAAACUAGUGAAAUGUGGAAAUGUUUUGACACAUACUGGUCAGACUUCGAACCUGCAAGUAUUGCUGUGUACCUAACACUACAGGCUUCUCCUUUGUUUCGGCGUAUGUAACCCUACCUGUAUUAUUAAAAUAGAUGGGUAUAGAAGCCAGCGUAAUUGAAAACACAUCUGCAGAUCUUUGUGAACUAUUAAGUCACAACGGUAACUACUUCAUAUCUGAUGUGUAAAUUCUGACCAUAUUUUUAAUAUUCUGUAAUAACGUCAGCCACGAUUUAGAUGGGACUUAAAUUUGAACUCUUUUUAAUGAUCACUCACAAUUAAUUGUGUUUCCUUUAGCUGGCCAGUAUUUUGAGGAAAGCCCCUAGGUUUUGCCUUGUACUACAAAGGUAUUUUUUAAAUAAGAUUUGCUCUCUCUUGCUUUCUGUAUUGUCCAUUUCUAAAACAUGAGCUCCCUGGGUUUGUCUUUUUUUUUUUUUCUUUUACAAAAAGAAUACAUUUGAAUUUAGUGGUCUUCUUUCAUCUUCUGAUCAUCAUUACUAAUCAAAUCAGAUGUUAAAAAUCAAGUCAGAUGUUAGGAAAAUGGGAAAUAUGGAAACAGAUCAUUAAGGAGAAACGUUUUAAUUUUUACAAGAAUCUAAGAAUCUGAAGUCAGAAUCCUGGUGACUGAGCUAACAUGGUUUAGUUAGUAUCUUCACAGAAUUUUAUUGUUACUAAAAAGCAAGCAGUUGAGGAAAUUCUUUUGCUAUAGUCAGUUUUUUCGUGUUCAGGGGGAAACGGAAAGAUGCACAUUGUAGUUACUUUUUGUAAAGGAUGGAAAAAAAUCCAGGUUACCAGUAGUAGUUUCUCUUACUUCACUGAAGUUAAGGAUUUUUUUUUUUUUUUUUUUUUUUUUUUUUUUUUUGUCUUUCUUUGAGACAGGGUUUCACUAUGAAGUUCAGGCUGGCCUUGAACUCACUUGUAGCUCUGGCUGGCCUCCAACUCACAGCGAUCCUCUUGCCUCAGCCUCCUGAGUGCUGGGAUUACAGUGUGGGCCACCACGCCCAGCAAGAUUAAGGUUUUUGAUAGAUGUUCUUGGAAGGUCAAAAAGGCACAAGCCAAAUUCUCAUACGAUUAAAAUAUCCUUUUUCCUCCGAGUGAGAGUUAUCUGUAAUUGGGCUUGAGUUUACUUGGCUUACACAAAUGAUUUGUCACAUCAUUUCAGAGGAGGUACCUCACGUCUGAGUUUGUAGGUAUGUUUGUCAUUUAUUUAGCUUUCAGGUAAAAAUUUAUAGGCAAAUCAAUGGAUAGUUACAGUUUCACCUAAGGGCAGCGGGCGUGAGGAAUGGUGUAUUGCCUUGUUGACAUUUCCUGUUGUAAUUAAAAUGAAGAAUUGAUUUGCAGGUCUGAAAACUGGAAGAGCAAGCUCCAGAGAGGAUGCCACAGUAGUGAUCAGCUAUUAUGUUGGGGUAACCCGAUCCCAGGUUUGAGUGUGUGUUGAGUUUUUCCUCUUCCACUCUUCUGUUAAUUCUGUGUAAAUCAUUUUUAUUUCUGCAGGUAUUUUCCUUUCAGAUAAAGAUGACAUUUUGGUUUGUAUUAUUUUGUCUUUCCUUGUGAAUGCACUGAUAAUAUUUUAAAUGCUCUAUUUUAAGAUCUCCUGAAUCUUUUUGUUGUUAAUUGGGGGGGGGGUCCUACGAGGUCUUUAUUUUCCAUCACUAUGUGUUGCCAUGGGAGGGGCGGCGGAGGGCGGGAAGGGAGGAGAGAGAAGCCCGGAGGGCAGCAGUGUAUGUGUUAAGCAGCAGUACAGUUCGGGGGUUGGCAUGGUAAAACAUUGGAAUAGAAGAUUAGCUGUUUUGUACUUUGACGACCAAUUAUGCUGUAUUUUAACACACGAUGUAUGUCUGUUCUUGUGGUGCUCUAGUGGUAAAUAAAUUAUUUCAAUCCUA